AUGUCCCGCUCACGCUCCAGCGUCGCUAGUGACAGCCACGAUCGGCUAGAACCUCAGCUACUGCGCGCAGCGGAGCACGACGACGUCGAAACCCUGCGACAGACGGUCGCGCUGGCUCGCGAGAAUGGCCAGCUCAGCGAUAACUUCCUGCGCGUCGGGCUCAUGCGCGCCUGCGAGCGCGGUUCCGUCGCUGCGACACAGUAUCUCCUGAGUCAGGGUGCGAGAACCGACGUGGCCGGCCAUCGGCUCUCGCCGCUGUUGCGCGCCGUCGAGCGUAACCACGUACGGAUUGUACAGCUGCUUCUCGACUACGGCGCCUCGCCGGCCACGGCGGAUAAGAAGGGCCGCACGGCGUUGAUGACCGCCGCGUGGCGGAACCACUGGCACGUCCUGCAGCUGCUGAUCGCGCGCGGGGCCGACGUCAACGCAAAGGAUCUCCGGCGUAGGAAUGUCCUGCACAACCUGGCGGCGGACAAGCAGUGCGACUGGGGGGAGGAUGUGCUGGAACUGCUGCUGGGGACGGGGUGCGCGCUGAGCGGGGUCAUGGGCCAGGACGAGCUGGGCCGCACGCCGCUGCACUGGGCCUGCGCGACGGGCAAGCUGCGCUUCGCGGAGCUGCUGCUGAUGCCGCGCGCGCACGGCCCCGUUGCGGACGUGGACGCCGUCGAAGCGCGGGGCAAGACGGCGCUGCACAUCGCCGCGGCGCAUGACCGCGACGACAUCGUGCAGCUGUUGCUGCGUCACGGCGCGGACAUCGAGGCGCGCAGCGACGGCGGGUGGACCCCACUGCACAAUGCCUGCGACCGGGGCUGCGUGGUGAACGUGCGGCUGCUGCUGCAGGCCGGGGCGCGUGUCAACGCGCAGCUGCUGAAUGGGGUCACGCCGCUGCAUCUGGCGGCGCAGGCGGGCCACCGCGACAUUGUCGAGUGCCUGCUCGAGCGCCCGGAGAUCAAGCGGCGCGUCCGCGACAAUUUCGGCAGCACGCCGUUCCUGCGGGCGGCGCAAUUCAAGCGCAAGGACAUCGUGCUGCUGCUGGCGCCGUUCAACAACAUCGAGGCUUUGUCGGCGGAUGCCCGCGGCGCGUGCGAGGGCUUCGAGGCGACCGUGGUCGACUUUGGCAACUUCCACAACGAGAACCGGGUGAAGAAGACCUCCGUGUUUAACCUGCUGUACGGGCGCGACGCUGAGAAUCCGCGCAAGCAGGCCUUCAGCACUGCCCCUGCGGACAGCAAGGCCACCGAAUUCCGCUGGAUCCACCUGCCAGCCAACAACAUGGCCUGGGUCGAGGCGCUGCUGACCAAGUCGUUCAUCGAGGAAGGGGCGCACGACGUGGAGGGGUUCAAGGGGCUGGAGAAGUCGUUCAAUUACCAGCAUCGCGGCCAGCGCACGCAUUCCCACUUCAUGCGCCCGCUCUGUCAGAGCACUCCUCGGGCGCGACAUUUCCGCGAUGAAGACCGCGCGAAGGACACGCCGAGGUCGGAGGUCGCCGAGCUGCCCACAAUAGUUGUCAAUGGACAACAGCGGGACACCAAAUCGGCUGAUGAUUCCAAGUCCAAGAAGUCGAAGGCGUACGGGUACAAGCUUGAGCAAACGGACUCCUACUGUCAGGAUGACGGGCUCAGCAGCUCCCAGGGCAAAAAGGGGAAGAGUACGCCCAAACGGACCACGGGGAAGGCCUCGAGCAAGACCGACACGAAGAACGGGAGUAAGAAUCCCCACGACGAGAAGCACCGCGCCCCCUUGUCUUUGUGCAAAGACCACCCGCUCACACCCUCCUGCAACGUCUGUGUGUUCAUGCCGUACUUGCAUUUCGAGACCGCGGAGCGACGGCAGAAGAUGCAGGAGGCGAUCCAGCGGGCGGAGAUGCUCAGUUUCCAGAGUCCGGGCAUCUCCCGGUCAUCGACCCGCGAUGAGAUGCUUAUCAGCGCGCAUCUUGCAUCCUCAACGACCUCGCUGCACGUCCGACGCACGCUUGACCAGUUCUUCUACCCGAACAUCGACACCCAGAGCCGCGAUCAGGACCAGGUGAUCUACCGUUACCAGACCAAGGGACAGGGGCGGGAGAGGUUCCGGUCGGACCCCAAGAUCUUCAUGGUGGACCAGCUGUGGAUGUGGAUCCUGGGGACCAACCUGAUUGUCACCAGUUUCGCGCAGCGGUGGGAGCAGCCGAAGAAUGAUCCGCUCAACGUCCUGGACGGCAUCAUCGAGGACAUCAACUCCAAGACCCGCGAGCCAGUGCGAUCUAUCUACGACCUGGCGAUCAUCAUCACGAACCGCUGCUCGGGGGUCUUUGACCGGCACCGCAUGGGGGACGAGGAGUACCAAUUCCUAGACAUGUUCGAGUCCUCGAUCGGCAUCGCCACGGACCGCGAGACGCUGCUCUUCACGAUGUUCAACCGCGCGUCCGCGCAGGCGUCGGACUGGCUCAAGAACCACCGCAAGCUCAGCCGGUUUGCGCGCAACGCGCAACUGCAGGACGGCGCCCACCGGCCCAAGGAGUUCUGGUGGGAGGAGGACGAGAAGGACGAGGACGAGCAGCCGCUGUUCGUGGACAAUCUGCUGGACAUCGGACAGGAGACGGAUCUACUCGCCGAGGCCAAGGACAUUCGUGACGAGCUCAACAUGAUUCGCCACGUGCUGCAGCACCAGCAGCACGUGCUGGCCGACUUCCAGGAGGUGAUCUGCGAGAUCUACCAGGGCCAGCACCGCUCGCAGUACGAGGUCAAGAAGCGCUUCAAGGAGCAGCAGCGCACCAUCGACAUGCAUCUCAAGGACAUCGACCGCAUGGACAAACAGGCGGAGCGCAUCUACGACUCCAUCACGGACCUGCUCGACUUGAAGCAGAAACACGCCAACGCCUUCGAGGCUCGCUUCGCGCGCGACCAAGCCGCGGGGACCACCCGCCAGGGAAAGACCAUCAUGGUCUUCACGGUCGUCACCAUUAUCUUCUUGCCGCUCUCGUUCAUUGCCUCGCUCUUCACCAUCAACCUGCAGGAGUUCCCGCGCGGGCCCGACGGCCAGGAGUUUCUGUCACUCUCGUACGUGGCCAAGUACAUCUUUGGCAUUGGCUUUGCCAUUUCGAUUCCUUUGAUCUUUCUGGCGCUCUCCGUGGACGAGAUCGGCGAUGGGUGCCGCGAAGGCUUGAGGCAUCUGCGCCGGUGGCUCUCGGACCGGCGACGGCGGCACCGGGAGGGAAACCACGACGAUGACGGGCCGACGGUCGAAAUGGAGAAAAUCAUCAGCAUCACCACGACGCGUCGCAGUAUAGAGGCGGAGUUUGCCGGGACUCUGUUGCCUGUGUCGACCAGGGGGACAGGACGCGCUUGA